UUUGCUGCAUCCAUGACACAGAGGCAAAGCAACUAAAGUGCAACAGUUGGCUUACAACAUUGACUGCAUUCUUAAUCAACGCGAUGUCUGUUUCUGGAGACGUUUACCUUGUUACAGGAGGAAGUGGAUUUCUCGGAAAAGUCAUCAUUAAACUUCUGAUUGAAAAAGCUCAUGAUAUCGCUGAGAUCAGAUUGUUUGAUAAAGUGAUACAAGAAGACUAUGUAGAAAGUUUGCAAGCUUUGGUUGGAAGCAGGAUUAAGUUAACGGUGUUCAAAGAAGAUCUGAGGAAUACGAAGUUCCUGCAGAAAGCCUGCCAAGGUGUGACCUGUGUUCUUCACACUGCUUCCUUGAUUGAUGUCUGGGGAAACAUCAGCAAAGAAGAAUUAGAAGCUGUCAAUGUUGAAGGAAGCUACCAUUUAUUAGAAGCCUGCAUUCAGCAGAAUGUGAAGAGCUUCAUCUACACUAGCAGUAUAGAAGUGGUGGGGCCCAAUGAAAGAGGUCAACCUCUCUGUAACGGUGAUGAAGACACAAACUACGAUAGCCAUCUGAAAUUUCUGUACAGCAAAACAAAAUACAGAGCAGAGCAAAUAAUCCUAAAAGCAAAUGGAUCCCCCCUUUCGAGUGGUGAGCGGAUAGUUACAUCUGCUCUGAGACCCACGUACAUCUAUGGAGAAAACAGUCGGUUCAUUCUGCAAAAUUUGGAUGAAGGAAUCACCAACGGAAAGGUUCUGCCGAGAAAAUCCAGUAAGGAAGCUCUUGUGAAUCCAGUGUAUGUAGGCAAUGUGGCUUGGGCUCAUAUUUUAUUGGCCAGAGCCAUGAAAGAAGAAGACAAGAGGAAAAUUGUUGGUGGCAAGUUUUAUUACGUCACAGAUGACACCCCACACACGAGUUACUCAGAUUUUAACUACGAGUUGAUGAGCUUUUUGGGGUUUGCAAUUCAAUCAAAAUUUAACAUGCCUCUGCUGCUCAUGUACUUUGUUGCCUACGUAGCAGAGAUACUGGUGUUUUUAUUUGGGCCUUUCGGUAAAUAUGCUCCCAAAGUAAACCGACAGCUCAUUACAGUGUUUAACACAAAAUUCACCUUUAUCAGCCACAAAGCACGGAAUGAUUUUGACUACACCCCACUUUACAGUUGGGAAGUAGCUAAAGAAAGGACCACUGCCUGGUUGGCUUCAGUAGUACAGGAGCGAAGAGAUAUUUUAAAUAAAAAGUAACACUUACAGAGAUACAAAACAUACAAGUCUAAAUGUUAGGGCAUAGAAGUUUGAAGUUCUGAGUGGUUAUUCAGGUUAAUGUCUUCAUAAAUAAAAUUUUGUUUUGUGUAUAACAGUUAAAGGCUGGGUACUCAUCUUUUGCCUCACCUCUUAGCAACAAGUCUACAGUGCUUAAUCUCUGCAGUGAAUUCUCUGCCACAGGAAACAGUUGAGGCUAGUUCAUUGGCUAUAUUUAAGAGGGAGUUAGAUAUGGCCCUUGUGGCUAAAGGGAUCGGGGGGUAUGGAGGGAAGGUUGGUACAGGGUUCUGAGUUGGAUGAUCAGCCAUGAUCAUACUGAAUGGCGGUGCAGGCUCGAAGGGCCGAAUGGCCUACUCCUGCACCUAUUUUCUAUGUUUCUAUGUUAUACACAGGACAAAAAUUUAUUUAUGAAGACGUUAUCCUGAUUAACCGCUCAGAACUUCAAACUUCUAUCCCCUAUGGCCAUUAUAUUUACUUCCUUGUUCGCUGGCGCACUGAGAGAAAUUAGUACCAUACGAAAUAGUUGUUUGACAGUAUCUUCCAAACCCUUAACCAGUAAUGCCUAGAAGGACAAAGACAACACGCAAAUGUGGUGCUUCUAAAUCACAUAAAAUUUACAUAAAAUUCAGAAAAUUCUAAAUUUACAACUGGGGAUGCCAUUUUGUGACCUUGUGUCUGCUAGUUAAAAAAAAAAUCUGUCUAUUCAAGUCCCACAUCUCAGUCUUUCAUCUUCAAUAUUCUGAGUUAAACUCUUAAAACUCACCACAAUUGAAGAGAUUGCUUACCAUCACAUAUUCAAUGGACGCUAGCGAUGCGCAGUAAACAUCACUCUUGCUGGGAAUGUGCACAUCCCAGCAGUGAAUAGCAAAAUAAAAAUCUUGUAUAUAAGAGUUAAAAAUACACAACAAUUUUAACAAUAAUGAACUCGCCUAUGCAUUAUAAUGAAAGCAGAAUUUCCUUUAUAAAUUUAAUAUUUACAUUCUUCCACAAAUAACUAAUGUAGCAUAUUAAAAAUAAGUUACUUUCAGAAAAAGUAUUAAGUUUGCCUUAUCUAAGUAAGCUUGGGUGAGAUUGGAGAUUUCUAACCUAGUUGCAUUUAUUCUGCUUGAUAUGUCACCCUUUGUAUGUCCCAUAAAGACCUAUAAUUUUUUUUAUUAUUGCCAUAGAUGACCUGUAGAAUUGAAGUCCAUCUUGUUAAUCUUUCUGAGAAUAAUUGUAGCAAUGCAACUCCCAGCUCUGAGAAGAAGCUUGGAUUCGAUGGAGCUGGAUGACGAGAUUGACUCAGGAUCGGUGAAUUGAGCUCCAACUGGUGCUCAUUUGACUGUUUAAUUGUAACAAACAUCUGAUAGCUCUGGAGGAGGAAAGGCCCCAUAAUCUGUGCAGACAGUUAAACAUAUGGAUCUCCUAUCUAAAAUCAGAAAGAUUUUCAAAGAAUGCUUUUUUCUUGUAGCUGUCAUUUCAUAUUUAUGUAUCUUAUAAUUAUGAAUAAACUGAAUACAACAAAAACGUUGGAAUUUCUGGCAAUUGUAAAAUUCACAAUGGAAAAUAAAAUAGUCAAAUAUGAAUUCACAGUGCA